GGGGAUGCAGAUUCAGAUCCAGUACCAGAGUUUGAUCUGUCUGUGGAUGAGCUGGUUCGAUCCCUCAAUGUAACAGUAGCAACUGGAGACCACAUAUACCAACCGGCUCGCUCAUCUGAUGUAUACACCAGGUUGUGCUACAGACACACAGAUGCAGAAUGCUCCAACCUUUCUGCUCUUUUUACUAUUGACACCAAUAAGAAUCGGUCAGUGACUCUCAGUUUCCCCUACCUGCUACCCUGUGUCUGUGUACAGGUAUAUUACACACACCUAGACGCAAGGCGAACCACAGUUUGCCCGUUUGUGAAUGGCUCAUUAGAUGGGGGUAGAGACGUGUGGCCCUCCAGUAAGGUGACUCUGUAUGGUUCAAGCGUGGCCUGGAGUGCCCUGUGUCCUGCUGCUUACCUGAAGCCCUCUGCCUCCCUCUGCUGGCGACACCAGAGAAACACACCACAAUGCACUCCCAUCCUAAACUCCACACUGGAGGACAUGGAGGAGAAGGGAGAUCUGAAGUAUAAUGUUUCUGCUGUGGAUAAACACCCUCAGAUGUGUGUGCAGUUUUCCUUCAGAGGCAGCCAUGAUGUCCACUGUCCAUUCCAGCCAGAGAGACCACAAGACCACAGUGAUAGAAGUACUGAGAGACCACAAGACCACAGUGAUAGAAGUAUGUCUAAGUGGGAGGCAUAUGUUGGUCCUGGUUCACAAAGUCUCUGUGUCUAUCUCACCUCCACUAUCCCAGCAUCCUUUGCUGCACAACUCUGUGUCUGGCAGGAGAAAGGAUGUGUGUCCAGAGGAGCUAUCUACUUCGUAAACAUGGGUGGGGGCAGCAGAGAGACACAGCUGAACCUGCCCUUAUCAUCCCUGACUGAGGGUCUAUGUGUGCAGGUCUGGCGGUCAGAUCCUGCACAGUAUGGGAGGAGACUACUGUGUCCUGACUAUUCUAACAGGAGACGGGGUCUCUAUGCUGUUGCUGUCUUGACACUUCUGGUUACUGUGGCAAUGCUGGGAAGCCUCAUCCGCUAUGUGACCAAGAAGGGAGUCACAGGUUGGCUAUUCAUCCAGAGGCCUGUGUUGUUGGUGUGUUCGUCAGAGCAGUCAGCCCAUGUGUCUGCCGUGUGCGCUUUGGCCUCCUUCCUACAGGGGGAGUUGUGUGCUGAAGUGCACAUGGCUUUGUGGACCCAGAGCUCCAUUGGGGCUUGUCCUGGGGCUGUGGAGAGGUCUUGGGCUGGGGUGGCUGAGCUGGGCCCUGUGCCCUGGAUGUAUGGACAGUGGGAGGCAGUCAGAGAGGCAGGAGGCCAGGUGCUGAUCGUAUGGAGCGCAGUGGCUAAGGAAUCCUACAGGAGCUGGAGAGAAGAGAGGGAGGGAGGGGAUAGGAGGGAGGGGGGAAAGACAGGAGGGAGUAAACGAGAGGAGAUGCAACAAGGGGAAAGGGGAGGAGAAAAAAUGGAAGAACUUGAGAAAACAAGAGUGGAACAGGAGCAAGCAGGAAUGAAGAAAAGAGAGGAAUGGAAAGAGGAGAGUAGGAGUGGAGAGGAGAGAGAGCCCUCCUCAGUGACAGGGCCAGUGUUCAGGGCUGCCCUGUCCUGUCUGCAGGGGGCACGACAGGGGGCAAGCAGGGUCAACGGCUUCACCAUUGUCUACUUCCAGGGCCUCUGUCACAGUCAAGACAUCCCCAAGGACCUCCGAGGAGUCCCACGCUACUGCCUGCCUCGGGACUUCGGAGGCCUGAUACGUGAGCUGGAUGUAACCGUUAGAGGGAGGAACAGUGUGAUUGGCAGCUGGGAUUGUUGGCCCAGACUCCUUUCCAAAACACUGUCACUUUGUUUGGCACGACGACUAACUCACAGGCUCAGAGUGUGGUUGUCACAGGAAGAGGAGGGGCUAAAACCGAAAUUAUCACAGGAAGUGAUAUCAGAGAGGACACUGAACAGGCAUGUGUUGUCACUGUCAAUUAAUGAGGAGAGGACAGAGCCAAGCACUUUGCCGCAGAAGGAGUUGCUCAGCGGGUCACCAUGGCAAUAAAGCAGGGCAUCUCAGGUUUCACCAUUAUACAGGGGCCAGACUUUUGUCUUGACUGUAACAUGAGGCAGAGCACAUGGGUGGUGUAGUGACCCAAACAGUGGAGCAGAGACACUGAGCAUUUCAUAGGGCUUAUUACCAAAGUCAAAGGGGGUAUUGAUAAAACUAGUAAGAGAACUUACCACUUGAUUUGCCUAAUGGUGAAGAGUAGGUAAAUAUUCUCCUCUGGGCUACAUCCCCCAUAUGACCACAGUUUAUGCUUUUUAUGCUGAGUGUACAGUUUGAACAAGAACGUAAAGCCACACAUCAGCCUUAUCUAAGUGGGUAUGCCUGAAAGUCAGGUUGUAACUCCAACUUGGUGUAUAGAACUGGAUACCCUCACCACAGGUGCUCCAGUGAAGAGAAAGGAUAUACUUCAUCAUUCCCAAUGUCAACAGUAGAUGAUCAAAUAAUAGGAUAUAUUUGCUCUGAGGGCACAUACUGUACAUCCAAGCUGUUGUUUUACCCAAGCCUCGACUUUCCACAUGACUGUCAGAUCCUUUCAAGAACAUUUCAAAAUGUAUUUGUACUGAAGUACACAGCAUCAACGUGCCCCAUCUUGAACCAGCACCUGUCCAUCUCUCAAAUGGUUGGCUGUAGAACUGCUUGGUUAUGCACAGUGCCAUAGAGGAUUAUGGAUGCUAUAUUAUCUAUGUAUGGGUAUAGGGACCAUUCCUACACUGUGAUGACAUGAACUGGAGCGGGAUAGGCCAGCUCUAUAGCAACCGGUCUACUCCAAUGAGCUGCUAUGGACUGUGUACUGUAACCUACUGUAUAUAAGAAAUAGACACCUUAGUGACUCAUUCUUUAGUCCAAGGAUAUUAUGGUUUUAAUUUAACAUUUUAAUAAUUUAAGACUUUGUUCUCAGAAUAUUUCACUUCGCAGUAUAUAGUUAUUAUCAACAUAGCAUUCAACAAAGAUAAAAUUACUUCUGUAUUAAUAAUGUAUUUUCUCAUUGCACCUCUUAUUAAUUCAGAUAGCCUUUUGUUCAAUUAAAAUGAAUAUUUAAGCGUUGAUUUACUUAAUGGGCACACAUAGUACAGACUUAGAGCCUGUUAUAGUAUCAAAGCCUGACAUUUAUCAUUUGAAUAUAAGAAAUUAGCAGAUGCUUUUAUUCAAAGCAGUUUACAGUCAUGCGUGCAUACAUUUUAUGUACAGGUGGUCCCAGGAAUCGAACCCCCUAUCCUGGCAUUGCAAGCACCAUGCUUUACUAACUGAGCUACAGUUCUUUAAUACUAUAAUACUGUUAGUAAGCCCCUUCAGAUUGGCAGUGAACCAAUACUAUUCAAAUAUCACCAACGACUCACAUUCCAUUCUCCCACCAAGUCAGUGAAGCCACUGGCGUCAACGGUAGACUGUAUGCAAAGCAUCUGGAGCCUUAUACCAUAACACAGAUGUUUUCCAGCCAAGCUUUUGACUAGUAGGUUGUGUUUGUACAUAAGCAGUUAACAGAGGCAGAGCAGUUUUCAUUAAAGUUUAAAGGGGCAAUAUGUCAUUAGUACAUACAUUUUUAGACUUAUACAUUAAUUAUAUAUACCCAUUUAUUCUUGAAGAAUAUAACCUAAUAAGGCCUCAUGAGCUUAGUUCAACUGGCAUACCCCAUCAGAAACCCAAAUAAUAUUUUGCUUGUUUUACUCCACUUUUUAAACCUUUAAAAAAAAGGUUAUUGUAAACAUACACUGCAUAACCUAGCCUCAAAACAUGGUUAAAACGAUGGUCAGCUCUUGCAUCCAUAGCUCUGUCUAGGAAUUUGAGAGUGGUUAUGUUUCUCCAGGCCCAUCCCUCAGGUUGUUUACUGAGAUAGUGGCGGGGAAACGCUUUGUUAUUGUUUGAACUGCAGAUUUCCCCCUUUAAAAUGAACUGUAUUCAGAACAAAUGUUUAUGCGUUUACCCUAUCUAUCAUUCUACCAUUGUGUGUGGGCUUAUAAGUGCCUGUUGCAUACAGUUUGAAAUGCUCUUUUGUAAAAUAAAAUAAAUGUGUAUUAUUUUGUAAAUAUCCUUCACUUUGGUAUUAGCUGUUGGCCUCAUAAAAAUAACUUCUGCAUUUAUGCCGUCUAUAGACAUUAUUGUUCUAUGUAUUAUCUAUGGUAAGUUUGUCUUAAAGUCCAUCAUGCUUAUCUUUAUGACAGCAGCUAAGCAAACAUACAUCAACAUUAUUUCCUCAGGCAUCUGUGUGGAAAAGCUGCCUAUUUAAAGCUUGUCAACAUUGCAGGUGUGUGAUGAUAGGUGCUCUCCAUUAAACUGAACUCAGAACAACCUGUAAAUUCCGCCCCACUCAACCGAGUGAUGUUAUCAGUAAAACAAAUGAGCUGACAGCUGGUUGAUGUUGCGAAACAACAAGCCAGACUUACAGGACUGAUCAGCU